GGAGGGACACGACGGGUCACCGCCGCCCAAGCCCAACGCCGGAGACCGCCCCGCCCCGCCCGGCGUCACGUGCCCGGCGUCACGUGCGCCGUGCAGAUGGCUGCGGUGGCGGCGGGCGGGAGCCCGCGGCCCUGAUGGGGAGCCGGCUCGCCUCGCCAUGGAGGUGUACAUCCCCUCCUUCCGCUACGAGGAGAGCGAGCUGGAGCGGGGCUACACGGUCUUUAAAAUAGAGGUGCUAAUGAGUGGAAGGAAACAUUUUGUGGAGAAGAGGUAUAGUGAGUUCCAUGCACUUCAUAAAAAGCUCAAGAAGUUCAUAAGAACUCCAGAGAUCCCUUCAAAGCAUGUGAGAAAUUGGGUCCCCAAGGUUCUGGAGCAGCGACGGCAGGGUUUGGAAUUGUACUUGCAGACAGUCAUUUUAGAAAAUGAAGAGCUCCCUAAAAUAUUCCUUGAUUUCCUGAACAUUCGCCAUGUACCUACCUUGCCAAAAGCAGAAAGCUGUGGCUCUUUUGAUGAAACAGAAUCUGAAGAAUCAAGCAAACUGUCCCACCAGCCUGUGCUGCUGUUCCUAAGGGAUCCAUAUGUCUUGCCUAAAGCCAACGUGUGUACUCCGAGUAAGGCUAAGCUUCCUUUUCUUGAAAUCAUUAGGAACUUUAUAAUGAGUUUUGUAACCAUUCCUAUGACUUUCCAAACGUAGUAAUAGAAGGCAUUCUACAUGGAAUAUUUUAUCCUCAUUUACUGCCCAGGUAGAAGUGAUGUGUGGCUAGAAGAAGCUGAAGCAAGUCUCUAAGUCAUGUUUAAUGGAAUUAACAGGAAUAAAAUUGUGAUGUGAAAAUUAGGCUCAGAAGCAAGAGGCACAACCUCAGUUUAUCUUUUUUAAUAAAAUCAAUGUCACUACAACGGCUGCUCUUAAAAAAAGAUGUGGAAACAACAGCAUUGAAGUUAUUUAUACCUUCUAUAUAUUGACGUGCUCUAACUAUUUAACACUAAAAGCUGAAAGUCAUACAUUGAAUUACACUAAUGUUUGAAAAUAAUUGAAAGCUUUACUAAUAAUUUCUAUAAUUUAUCUCAUAAAUUACACUAAACCUUUUUGCACCAGGAUUUUUCCUGGUAUGUUACCCAUUCCUGGCAGUGGAUGGAUUAGACGUGCUUGGACUGAAGAGAGUGUGUGAGGAAUUGGAGGGGAAAAAAAAAACAAAAGACAAGAAGUUGUUGAAAGCAACUUACAAGUAUUUUGUUCAUUUUUCUUAAAUAACUUUGAAUCUGCUCCUUAACAUCAGGUUGGAAAAGAGCCAGCGCAAGUGUAUGGCGAGUUUCUAUUGGAAAACACCCUAUCACAUUCUGAAACACACAGCGCUCUCUCAGGAAAUUUUCUAGAUUUUGAUUGAAAUGAUCUUAUCUACCAGGAGAUUCUAUAUGGCAUUUUUGCAUCUCCAUUCAUUUACGGCAUCUAAUUUGUCUGUAUGUUUACUUUUCGAAUCAACUUGCAGACUGUCUUCGGUUUUUAACAUUUUAUAGCUCACAGAGCAUGCAACUUUGUGGUAAGCUAAAGCAAGAACAUGAUUAAGUAGUAAAAUGGUAAAAAUAAAACUGACAUGUGUAUAUAUGUUUGUUCAGAUUUAACUGGAAAUUAGUAUGUGUGCUACUGGACAUUACAAAAUAAAUUACUAAAAUAUGACAUACCA